UCGGGCCGGCUAAGAUACGCCGCGUCCGCUGUAAAGAUGUCGGCGAAGCGGAGUAUGGGCGACGCAGAGUACCUGAAGAAGAGAAUCCCCUCGAACCCCAAAUACCAACAUGUUAAAACAAGACUCGAUACAGGUUUAAGCCUGACGAAGUACAUGGAGCGCCUGGAGGAGAUCAGGAAAAAUUACAGAUAUAAAAAAGACGAGGUCUUUAAGAGACUCAAAGUCUCGACGUUCGCUCAGAUGGUGCUCCAGGUGGCCUCGGUGUCGGACCUGAACGAGAGCAUGAUGGACGACGUGCCUACCCUCCAAGAUGUUUCCGAGUCAGCAGGAGGAGAUCGUCUGCCAGACCACACCGACGGUUCGACCCGCUCCAGCCCUCGACCUCUCACGCUGGCUGACGGCAACGAGCCGAGCGACGCAGCGUUUUCCCCCAGAUCCACACUUCAAAGUGUGAUCAGUGGUGUAGGAGAGCUGGAUCUGGAUAAGGAGGUGGUGAGGAGCGUGACCCCGCCCCCUCCGAGCGUCCCGUGUGCUGCCCAGCGCCCGUACCCGGACUGCCCCUACCUGCUGCUCGACGUCCGAGACCGAGAGCUGUACGAGCAGUGCCACAUCAUCAGCGCACACAGUUAUCCCAUCGCGACGCUCUCCAGGACGAUGAAUCCUUACACCAAGGAAGUCCUCGAUUAUAGAAACGUUCAGGGGAAGAUCAUCAUCCUGUAUGACGAGGACGAGAGGAUAGCGAGCCAGGCGGCCACGACCAUGUGCGAGAGGGGCUUCGAGAACCUCUUCAUGCUCUCCGGAGGCUUGAAGGUGAUCGCGCAGAAGUUCCCAGAAGGAAUGACCACCGGCUCUUUUCCCACCGCUUGUCUCACGUCUCCGACGGGACCCUCGGGUCGAAAGCUCGCCGCGCUCUAUCGGACGCCGGAGCCAGCGGAAAACAAAUGGCGUUUCGCCUUCGAGGACCUCAACAAGAUCCAGCACUACCUGGACGAGGUCCUGAUUCCCAGCGACACCAGCAGUCGUCUGAGCAGCAGGAUGUCCACCAGCAGCGCUAACUCCAAAGUCUCCAGCGCCCGGAGCAGCCGACUCGGCUCGGGGAGCACCCGGUCACAGAGCAGUCGGCCCUGGAAAUAAUAGCAUCAUCAUCAUCGUUCUUAUCCUCGAUAUCAUCAUGCACCAUCAUGUACACAGCGCUGGCCUUAACGUAGCCUAGCAGUAGACACACAGUGUCAGUCAUCACACAGUGAAAGCUUUAAAUCAGACCUUCACAGCUCGUGAGACAUAACAAACACCACGUGAAGAAAACUAUGUUUUAAACUCGUUAUGAAUUUUUAGGGUGGUCUGAAUGCACAAAUCUGACUAGAUCAGAGUCGCUUUCAUAUGUGGUCCUAGAUGGGAUUUAAAGUAUCUCACAAAAGUAAGUACACCUUUUAUAUUGCAGCAACUACUUUAUUAUAUGUUCUCAAGGGACAAUACUAUAGAAAUAAACACUGGAUCUACUUUAGAGACGUCAGUGUGCAGCUUGUACAGCAGUACAGAUUUACUGUCCUACCGUCCUUUGAGAAGAUAUACUGAACCGUUUGCUAAAAUUAGAGGGGUGUACUAACUUUUGUGAGUGGGCGAAUUUUCGAUACGCGCUCACGUGACUUGAAUGAGAAUCGGAACGCCUGUCAGUUUUUGCCUGUGUGUGUGUGUGUAGAGCUCUCGCUGACCUCAUCACGUGUCGUCAUGAACACGCACCGUCACGACGCGCAAAUCCGAAUUAAUAAUUGUAAUAAUGUGAACGUAACUUUUAUUCAAACGAGUGAAAUUAAAUCAGUCUUCAGUGUUUUUCCAUCCAUCCUCUCGCCACUGCAUGGUGUAUGAGUGUGUGUGAGUGUGUGAGACCACCACAGACCCAUACGUCCACACGUUUUGCCGUACUGUCGUUUUAGUGAGUCGAGUCUUUUGAUUCGAGAGUCGACUCUUUUGGCUUACUGCUGGUUUUUCUUUUUAAAAAAUGGACAAAGAAGUGUUUACGAGAGAAUUCUUAACUCAAUCAUGACUCGAUGAAAAGAGAAAGCAACCAUGUUUGGAUUGCAAGACACGCCCUGCUCCACACAGUUGUCGAACUCUUCUUAAAUGUUCUUAAAAGUGUAUAUUAUAACUGAUAUGUUGCUCUAAUAAAUGUUAU